AUGGGCAAACAUGGUCGAUCUGGACUGGUGAUUCACGAGUACGGCUUCACCAUAAACGGUGGUAGGUUCAACGUAGACUCAAAGUACCAGCCCAUACGCGCAAUUGGACAAGGUUCCUACGGGGUUGUGUGCUCCGUACGGAACACCGAGACAAAUGAAAAGCUGGCCAUCAAAAAGAUCACGCCCAUGGCUGACGACGAAUGGGAUGCUACCCAUACACUUCGGGAGAUUCGACUCCUACGCUGGCUCGGUAUACAUGAAAACAUCGUUUCGCUGAAGGAUCUAAGCAUGUGCAAGGAGAAAGACGAGUUGUACGUGGUGAUGGAGUUAGCGGACACGGACUUGCAUCGUCUCAUUCAGAGUUCGUGUCGUCUUACCGAAGGCCACAUCCGAGUCAUCAUGUAUCAAAUUCUCUCAGGCGUCAAGGCGAUGCACGACAAUGGUAUACUUCACCGUGACUUGAAACCAGGCAACCUUCUCCUCAACAAAGAUUGCGAGUUAAAGAUCACGGACUUUGGUCUUGCUCGUAUGAUGCCUAAUAAGUCUCAAUCGAGCCUCGAACAGAAUUCGGAUGAUGAAAUUUCCAUGAUGACAGAGUAUGUGGUCACACGUUGGUAUCGACCACCAGAGCUCAUGCUGGCACCCAGUGGCAGCUACGAUGGUGCUGUGGACAUGUGGUCCGUAGGCUGCAUUUUUGGAGAACUAGUCUCACGCAAACCUCUGUUCCCUGGAACCGACUUUAUGGACCAGCUCAAAAGAGUCUUCCAGGUGCUUCCAGUUCCCGAGCCAGAAGAUCGAGGCUACACCAUUGAAAAAAGCGCUCUCAAAUUCUUAUCCUCACUACAUCCGCCUGCACCUGGUGCUCUGGAAGACAAAGUAGGCGAGACAGCAGGUCCUCAGGCUCUGGAUUUGCUACGGCAAUUGUUGAGCUUCAAUCCUAAGAAGCGAAUCUCAGCAGAUGACGCACUGGAACACCCGUUUUUUAAAGGCAUUCGAGACGAGUGGGGCGAAAUCACCCCAUUGCACCUCCCCCACUCGCUUGAGCUCGCCUUUGAGACAGAGUCCUUACCACUCGCGACACUGAAGCAGUACAUUUGUGAUGAGGUACUCGCAUUUGCUGAUCCAUCAACCAACCGUCAACCAGAGCCGCAACAACGCGAGCCCCAGGCUGCCAAAAUAGAGAAAGCUAGAGCACCGAACGGACCGGCAGUAGACAGCAAUGGUACACCCUUAGCAUUGACAAAUGACGGUCCUCCCGGCUCGGGCUUCACGCUCAAUGAAUACACUUUCAAUGUGCCAGCGAAGUACAAACCGCUGCGAAUACUCGGAGGAGGCUCUGACCGGAUUGUGUGCGCCUCCACAGACACCGAGACGAAGAGGAACGUCGCAAUCAAAAAGAUCACACCAAUGGCUGGUGAUGAAGGGGUUGCUAAGGACACUCUGCGUGAAAUUCGACUCAUGCGGUACUUCAGCAAGCAUCCCAACAUCGCAUCGUUGGAGAAUUUGAGUACAUGCAUCAAGAAAGACGAGCUUUACUUAAUGACGGACCUCGCAGACACUGAUCUUCAGCGCCUCAUUCGGAGCAAGACCAAGCUCGGAAAAGCACAUAUUGCGGCUAUCAUGUACCAACUUCUUUGCGGGACUCAAACAUUGCACGAAAAUGGCGUCUUGCACCGCAACCUGAAACCAGGUAAUAUCCUUGUGAGCAAAAACUGCGACGUCAAGAUCACGGACUUUGGUCGUUCUUGUUACAUUUCGCCUAACGACCGAGCAUCACCAACAUCAGUCCAAGAAGGACAGCAAUCGCGACACACGGUCGAUAAAACGCAGUCGCUGAUGACCACUCGCUGGUAUCGACCGCCAGAGAUUAUGCUGGCACCUACGGACACCUACAAUAAAGCGGCGGAUAUGUGGUCGAUUGGGUGCAUCUUUGGCGAGCUGCUUAAUCGUCGACCGAUGUUUCCAGGAACAGAUUUCGUUGAUCAGCUGUCACGCGUUUUCAGAGUGCUAUCCGUGCCACCGCGUAACAAGCUUGGCUAUGAAGUCGAGGACGACGCGUUAACAUUCCUUGAGACCUUGCCGCCUUGCUCACCGUCAACACUUGACAAACUGUUCCAUCAUGCCUCACCAGAAGCUGUAAAUCUACUGCAACGACUGCUGUGUGUGAAUCCUGCCCGCCGUAUUUCGGCGAAAGAGGCUUUAGCACACCCGUACUUCACGACUAUCAGGGCCCACCUUGGAGAACCUCCAGUCUUUUGCCUUGAAAAGAUUUUUGACUUUGAGUUCGACGACCAGGAGUUCUCACUCACUCACCUGAAGACUCUUAUUCAGAACGAAGUCAAGUUACUGCAAAACCAUGAUCUUUCAUCACCGAUUCCUGUCCAUAAAUCUAAUGAAGAUGCAGACCAACAACCUGAGGACUUCGACGACGACGACGACGACGACGAUGAUGAUGACAGGAAUGAGGACGUCCACGUGCAAAAAACUGACUCACCUGCGACCAAAUGUGGUGUGAGACAUGAUCAGUGCGAGGAAGCAAAGCAAACGAAGGCGACGAGAGCUCGUUGGGACGUCUACGGGCCCACAGGACCGGAAAAUGACUCGAAGGUUCACCAGACGUCAUCUCUCCCCACCUUUACAACAGCCACUUUAUGUUUGUUGACACGUUCCAUGAAAAGUGACGCUUUACGAGGUCCUGAGCGUGUAAGUUCGCCCGUCAUUGCUGCAACUGCUUCGUCACGUGCCGCCGACGAUACUUUUACGAAACAUAGUAUCUAA